AUGGUUGCUUCGGAAAACCUCCUAGGUGCAUCGACCAUUUCAUCGUCGCCGUCAUCUUAUAUGUAUCCCAACUUUACUCAGUCAUUUGACAACAUGAAUGAGAGCACGACCACCAUCAACACCACCUUCGACCAGACCUCCGUCUUCGACUACGCCUCGACGUCGUACUACGACGACAUCUGGGAAGAAAACCCGGCCGAGUUCUGGGUGCCCGUCAUCAUCUUCGGGCUCAUCUUCUCAAUCGGUAUCCCCGGCAAUGCCAUCGUUCUCUACAUCCUCCUGUGCUCCAGGAACGCCAGGACUGUGACUAACAUGUACUUGGUCAAUCUAUCCCUGGUCGAUCUCAUCUUCCUGACCGUGGAAGCACCGGUCAAGAUGAAGGCCUAUAUCAUGGUCCAUGAACAUGUUGAUUCCGGUGGCACCAGUAUUAUUCUGUGUAAGAUCAGUGUAUUCUUGAUCUAUGUCAAUCUGUCUGUCAGCAUCACCACCCUAGCAGCUUUGGCAAUCAACAGAUACUGCGCUGUCAUGCAUCCAGUUAGUACAAGGAUACAAAGGUAA